AUGCCUAGCAUCACCACUAGUGAUGGAUACACCUUCAACAACUGGGGCCCUAUCACCGCCACUUUCACAGCCCCGGCAAGUUGCUCUACCAUGAGCAACCUUAUGAUCGGCUAUCGCGGUACUAGUCCUAACUUUAUGUUCGCGGAACAAUGCUCGACUACCUGGAAUUAUGAUUGUAUCCCAACAGGUACCAUCACGCCCACAACGUCAUACAAUUUAAACCCCACGGAAAUUUAUCAGGAAACAUACUUCUCACCAGGACUGUACUGUCCAGCGGGAUGGGCUACCGUCGGCGUUGCGGCCCGUGAUGCCGACAAUUCCCUGAGCGCCUGGGGUAUACUGAGCACCUCCCAACGUGAGCAGUUAUUUCCAAACCCAGCGACCCUGUUAGUUGAGCUUUUGGACCCGAAAGAGAGCGCUGUCAUGUGCUGUCCGCGCUCCAUGACGGCAGACGUAUCUCUUGGAUGCUACUCUAUAGUCUCGAAUUACAAGGUCACAAUAUGCUGUGAGGGCCUGCCACCCGUCUCGGAUGUCGAGGAAAUAACUAUGACCAAAACGUGGAAUGGGACAGCUGUUACGGAAUUGUGGAACACAAUCACCGCUACCUAUCCCAUUUCGUAUGUCGAGAAGACUUUUGCUAAUGCCUCAGUCGCGUCUUCGUUUAUGGGUAUUUCCGUUAUGCCAAUGAUAACUCUUGUGCAUCAUCAAACCGAUGCCCAGGCUACUGAGAGUGCUGCUUCUACGACUGCUACUACCGGGAGUGCUUCGUCUACAUCAAAUGCGGCAUUAAAAUUUGGAUCCAGGUUGACUUGGGAUGGACUGAGUGGCAAGGUGUACUCGGCAGGCACUUUGAAUACCGCACCGGCCAGACAAGUCGACCCGGCGACCUUUCGCGACGCUGUGUCGGGCCCAGACCAGCUGGAAUGGUGGGCCGCCAUCCAGAAAGAAUAUGCGUCGCUCCUGGAACACGGAACCUGGGACAAGGUUCGGCGAGAGGACGUCCCCGCCACAGAUCAUGUGAUUGGCUGCAAAUGGGUCUUCAAGACCAAAGCCAACGGAACGCGCAAAGCGCGAUUGGUCAUCAAAGGCUACCGGCAGAAACAUGGCAUCGACUAUCACGAAACGUUUGCUGCUGUGUCCCGGAUGGACUCGGUCCGCUGCAUUGUCGCCAGCGCCGUGUUGCGCGGAUGGGAACUCCACCAAUUCGACGCGGUCACCGCAUUUCUUCAUGGUGAUGUCGACUCGUCCAUCUAUAUGGAGUUGCCUGAGGGCUUCGAAGAACCAGGGUACGUGUGUCGGCUGCGCCGUUCAAUGUAUGGGCUGAAGCAGGCCCCGCGGAUUUGGUACCAAUGCGUCCACCGCGUCCUGGCUUCUCAUGGUUUCAUCAUGGCACAAUCGGACAACUGUGUGUUCUAUAAACCGAAUUGCGUCAUUUGUGUUUAUGUCGAUGACUUUCUCGUUGCUGCAGCAAACACGCACGAAAUAGAACAAGUGCAACAGGCAUUGCAAACAGAGUUUCGAUUGAAUGACCUGGGCAUCCCGCGUUCAUUCCUCGGGAUCCAGUUCGACUAUCAUGCUGAUGGGUCCGUAUCCAUUCACCAACAACAGUACAUCCAGAAGGUGCUCUCCGAAUUUGGUAUGGAGACCUGUCAGCCAAAGUCCACGCCGAUGAAUCCCAAGCAAAUCUUGAAUCAUCGUCCAGACGAAGAAAUUUUGGACGAGGAAGCAAAAGCACGGUUUGCGACCGCCAUCGGUUCGUUGAUGUAUCUGAUGGUCGGCACGCGACCGGAUAUCGCGUUUGCAUUGGGUACGUUGAGUCGCUUCACGUCCCAGCCGCAAUCGCAUCAUCAAGUCGCUUUGCAGCGACUGCUUCGCUAUAUCAAAGCCACGCAAUCUCAUCGUAUUACCUACCGCAGUGGACAGUUGAUUGGAUACACGGACGCCGACUUUGGUGGUUCCGUCGUCACUGAAGGUGCGUACUCGACCUCUGGCUAUGUAUUCCAGCUUGCAGGAGCGCCAGUGUCCUGGUCGUCCAAGAGACAGGGGGAAGUGGCCACGUCUACCACUCAUGCCGGAUACAUCGGACAGUACAAUGCCAUUCUGCAUCUGCAGUGGCUCCGCACCUUUCUGACCGAAACGCAGCUGUACCGGUCUCCGGUCACCAACAUCAUGGCUGACAACCAGUCCGCCAUCGCGCUAUCGCGCAAUCCCGAAUUCCAUAAACGGACAAAGCACUUCAAUGUGAAGUUUCACUAUCAGCGAGCCGUGCUGGAUACAGGCGAGAUUGGACUUCAAUAUGUUCCAACUGAGGAACAGGCCGCAGAUGGUCUCACCAAGCCAUUGGGGCCUACGUCCUUUGCCAAGUUUGUAGCCUCUUGGGAGUCGACGCCUUAG